AGCGGCUGAGUGCGCAUUAGAGCCGAGACUCCGGUAUGAAGCGGCUGAUCCUUUUGAUGCUUUGCCUUUGGCUGGCCAAUGGGUUGCAAAGGGUGCCCCUGAGGAGACACAAAUCCCUGCGGAAAAUCCUGAGGGAGCAUGGGCAGCUGUCCAAAUUCUGGAAGGCCCAGAAACUGGACAUGAUCCAGUACACAGAAGAUUGCUCCGCCGUCCCAGAAACUAAUGAGCCACUCAUCAACUACCUGGAUAUGGAGUAUUUUGGACAGAUUUCUAUCGGGACCCCUCCUCAGAAUUUCACAGUGUUAUUCGACACUGGCUCCUCCAAUCUCUGGGUUCCAUCCAUCUAUUGUGUCAGCAAAGCCUGUGCUGUGCAUUCCAGAUUUCACCCAUCGGAUUCUAGCACCUACAGUAAAGUUGGGACUCCCUUCUCGAUUCAGUAUGGGACUGGUAGUUUGUCGGGAAUCAUCGGAUCAGAUCAAGUCACUGUUGAAGGCAUCACUGUCAGCAACCAGCAGUUCGCAGAGAGCGUCAGCGAGCCAGGAAACACUUUUCUGGAUGCUGAGUUUGAUGGGAUUCUUGGACUGGCCUAUCCGUCGCUGGCUGUGGAUGGGGUUACCCCUGUGUUUGAUAACAUGAUGGCACAAAAUCUAGUGGAUCUGCCAAUAUUCUCAGUCUACAUGAACAGGAACCCGGAUUCCUCUGUCGGGGGAGAACUAUUAUUUGGUGGCUUUGAUCCGUCUCAUUUCAGCGGGACUCUGAACUGGGUACCAGUCACUAAACAGGGAUACUGGCAAAUCCAAUUAGACAACAUACAGGUGGGCGGGACAGUUGCCUUCUGUGCAGAAGGAUGCCAGGCGAUAGUAGACACCGGGACCUCUCUCAUCACAGGUCCUUCCAAAGAAAUAAAAGAAAUGCAAAAUUAUAUUGGUGCAGUGCCCACGGAUGGCGAGUACGCCGUGGAAUGCAACAACCUGAAUGUGAUGCCUGAUGUUACCUUCACCAUCAAUGGGAUCCCAUACACGCUCAGUCCCCAGGCCUACACCCUCAUGGAUAAUAGUGACGGCAUGGCAUUCUGCACCAGCGGCUUCCAGGGGCUGAACAUGCAACCACCGGCUGGGCCACUCUGGAUUCUGGGUGAUGUUUUCAUUGGCCAGUUUUACUCGGUCUUUGACCGUGGAAAUAACAGAGUUGGGCUGGCACCAGUUGUCCCUUAAGGCAGUGUUUCCUAAUGGUCAGAGUAAGGCCGUGGGAGUCAGUGUAGAGCUUGGUUCUAUUCCUGGCUCUGCCACUGUGUGACUUUGGGCAAGUAACAUCAUGUAUCUUUGUGCCUCAAUUUCCCCACCUGUAAAACAGGGAUGAUCAUACUGACCUCCUUUGUAAAAUGCUUUGGGAUCCUUGGCUGACAAGCACUACAGAAAUGCAAAGUGUAGCAGGAGGCAUUUGUGUAACCAAUACAAAAAUGUCUUUGGUAACUUUGUUAAAGCCAGUUUACAGAUUUUGAUUUUGCCCUUGAAUCAAUGGAGAUUUUCAUCAAAUAAAGAGGAUUUCAAUUCUCAUUUCACAUCUAAAGAUGCAACAAUCAAACUGAAUUAGAUUUGGAAACUACUGCGGAAAAUAUGGCUGGCUUCAGUAGGCUGAAUUGUGCACGGUGCCAUCACCCUUCACCCCCAUGAAUUAAAAGCUUUGGAUAUGCCGGAAA